AUGGAGGCAAUCAAGCUGCAGCGCAAGUAUCCCCAAUUGUACGUUAGAUGGCACGCGGAUGGCGGGCAGUCCUGACCUGUUUUGUAGCGCUGACCGCUUUGCAUGUAUUCUUCCACAUUGAUGUUCCGUGCGCCGCGCAGCUCCCAGGAGGAGAUGAUGGGUCUCAUCUCUCGAUUCAGGGCUAUCGACGUCGAGGAGAAGGGUAGCGUUCCAAAGCAGGACGUGAUGAAAGCCAUCGCAGAUGCUGGAGAGGCGAGCUAUGAUCAAGCGAGAGAAACUCUGAAAGAGGUGGACGUCGAUUCGAGCGGUAGGGUCGAGCUGGACGACUACGUCGAUGUGAGUGCUGAGCCUUUGCACGCACGGCAUUUUCAGCUCCUCUCUUGCCUUCGCCGUGUCUACUGACCCUGCUACUGUGCUUCUCCGACAGCUACUUGCCAAGCUGCGUGCUGGAAGGAAUGUGGGUGCAGGUGCAGUCACUAAGGGCAAGGUGUUUGUCAAGGGAUCCAAUGCGAGCGUCCAGCACACCAUCAACGAAGACGAGCGAACGGAGUUCACGCGGCACAUCAACUCGGUGAGUGUUGCGUAGCCCAGGCUGAUAAGGCGGAAGAACAGGGGAGGCGAGCUUGCUGCGAAGACAGAGCUUGAGCUUGAGCUUGCAGCGAAUUGCGUAUGCGCUUGGUGCCAGGAGUUUGCGAGAGCGACGCUGACUCGUUUGAGUAUGCCUGCCCUAGUCACUCGCCGGGGAUGCUGUCGUAGGCAAUCGUCUUCCUAUCCCCACAGACACCUUUCAACUCUUCGAUGAUGCCAAAGGUGAGCUUGCUCCGCCUCCGGAGCUUGGGCUUUUCCCAUACCAAUUCAUCUCCUUCGACCUCCUGCCCCUUCACAGACGGUCUGAUACUGUGCAAGCUCAUCAAUGAUGCCGUGCCCGAGACGAUCGACGAGCGUGUUUUGAACACUGGCAAGGCUGGCAAGGGACCCAACGCUUUCCAAAUGACCGAGAACAACAACAUCGUCAUCACUUCCGCCAAAGCUAUCGGCUGCAGCGUGGUCAAUGUUGGGGCUCAGGAUAUCAUUGACGGGAGAGAGCAUCUGAUCAUGGGUCUGAUCUGGCAAAUCAUCCGUAGAGGUCUACUGAGUAAGAUCGACUUGAAGAAUCACCCGGAACUGUACCGUUUGCUUGAUGACGGCGAGAGUCUGGAGGACUUUCUCCGGUUGCCGCCAGAUCAGAUCCUGCUGCGCUGGUUCAACUACCACCUCAAAGCAGCGAAUUGGCACAGAAGGCGAGUCGAACUUGUAGCCCAGACUUCAUAGCCCCGACACUAAUCUGCAAUCCCGCGUUGCGAGCAGAGUCGGCAAUUUUAGCAAGGACGUCAGCGAUGGAGAGAACUACACUGUCCUGUUGUCUCAACUCAAGCCGGAUGUCUGUGAUCGCGCCCCAUUGCAGCAGAAGGACCUAUUGCAAAGGGCUGAGCUUGUGAGUACAUAGUCAAGCUCAUACAUUCUGCAUCGAUCCUAACAAUUUAGCGAUCCCGCAAAUACAGGUACUGCAACGCGCCGAUGCUAUUGGCUGCCGGAAGUAUCUGACCCCGGGCUCCAUGGUAGCGGGCAAUCCGAAGCUCAAUCUAGCGUUCGUGGCGGUGCUCUUCAAUACUUGGCCAUGCUUGGAAGCUUUGGAGGCCCCUCCGCCUAUCGAGAUUGAAGACUUUGACGCCGAAGGCGAACGCGAAGCUCGUGUCUUCACCUUGUGGCUCAACAGUCUGGACGUUGACCCGGGCGUCUACAAUCUGUUCGAAGAUUUGCGCGAUGGCAGCGUCAUUCUACAAGCGUUCGAUAAAGUGUUGCCCGGGAGCGUGCAGUGGAGGCGCGUAUCAAAGCCCAAGGAGGGCCAGGAGCUUAGCCGCUUCAAAGCUGUCGAGAACACAAAUUACGCGGUCGACCUCGCCAAAGCAAGCAACAUGCACAUCGUCGGCAUCCAGGGAGCUGACAUUGUCGAUGGAACGAAGACGUUGACGCUGGGACUCGUCUGGCAGCUCAUGCGCCUCAACAUCACCAAGACGCUCUCGAGCUUGGGCAAGGGAGGACGAGGGGUGAGCGACUCUGACAUGGUUGCCUGGGCAAACAACGUCGUCAAGUCCUCUGGCAAGUCGAGCACCAUCAGGAGUUUCAAAGACCCUAGUCUCAGGUCGGCACACUUCCUUCUCGACCUGCUCGACGGCUUAAGGAAAGGCAUCGUCGAUUCGUCUCUCGUGACACCUGGUAGGACGGAAGAAGAGCAGAGACUCAACGCCAAGCUCGCCAUCUCGAUUGCACGCAAGCUAGGUGCGCUCAUCUUCCUCGUCCCAGAAGAUAUUGUGGAGCUUCGUCAGCGCCUGAUUCUCACGUUUGUCGGCAGCCUGAGUGAGUGAUCAUGAACCUGCUGCGCAAUGACGCGUAAUCCAUCAGCUCUGACAAUGCUCCUACAUCGCAAACCGAUUGCAGUGGCCAUCCAGGCUUGA